AUGGCUUAUGCAUAUAGCGAUGAAAGUAAUAAGCACCUAAAGGUUCAUUUCGCAUCUGAACCCAUAAAUCGCUGCCCGAGUUCAAGCUGCUACACAUCUUCUUGUUCCUCCUCAUCAUCUUCAUCACUGGACGAACCAUAUGAUAUUGACAAAGCUGAGGUUGAUCCGUCUCCCGAAGCUAAACAACCGGACCUAAAUGAGCCUCCGGCGCCUGUGCCAGCACCAGAGGUUACUUCACAGACUACUGUUUGGAGCACUGGGUCAUCAUCUUCACAAUCUCCUCCUCAAAUUCCAAUGGCGGGCGGGCGGCCUUCCGGAUAUGAUCCAAAUCGACUCCCAUCAGCUAUGUUUGCUGCUAAGCCUUCAUCUGCUAUGGAUUGGAGUGUUGCUUCAAAUGAAUCAUUGUUUAGUAUUCAUGUGGAGAAUAACAGCUUCUCAAGAGACCAGUAUUUCGUCAUGUUCAACAAGUCUGGAGAACUGGGGAAGCUUGAUGAGAUGUUCCUCAAUGUUCCAACUCCGCUUUCCCCAGUUACCGAGACUGUGGAAACUAAGCCGAGUUCCAAUGCGUUAGUAGAGACGCUUGAAACUGAUCAUCACAGUGUGGAGACGGAGAGUGUCGAAACUAAGAGUGAAAUUUCGGAGGAAGAGAAUGUUGUGAUGGUGAUCGGGAAGGUAGAGAAAGACAAAAAAACCAAAGAGACAGUUAGGCUGCCUACUAUGGAGGAAACCAAGGGUUCUGUCUUCUCUCAUCGUUCGAAUGAGAGCAAUCAUAGUAAUCAAUCUUUCCAAUUUCCAGUGUUGGCAGAUCAUAAUGAUCACCAUGACCAUGUAAAGCACCCAUUAGAGCAAGUAAAAGAGGAGAAGCAGGAGAUGCCGGCGCCUAAGCAUGAGCAGGAUCAGCCACACCCUGAAAGCCCUGAAAGAAAUGCACCAUUAAAGGCUACACGAAGCAGCAGUUGGUUGUCUUGCUUUUCUUGCUGCUGGAUCUGCCGGUGA